AUGCCGCAAACGGUUGUCCUUCUGUAUCCGUCCGACAUCCCGGACCUGGGACUUGAUUUUCCCCGCUACGGAAUCGUGUCAUCACGGGGAAGAGCGAUGAAAACGGUUCGAGGCCUGCCACGCGCUGACGACGGCGAAGAAGUCACCACCUCCGUUGCACCAGCGACCGUUACGUCCCGCCAAGUCCCCGCAGACGAACUCACAAAUGAACGGCCAGGACUGGCCUUGUUUCGACCAGGCACUGUCAUCAGCAACGAUACAACGCACCACGGACAAGUUACAGCGUACAAUAAUGGCGUCUACGAGUUCCUUACUUCCUCCGGACCACUCGAAGUGCCAUAUGACGAGUUCCAAGAAGUAGCCCCAGCUAUCGCGAUUUUUAUUGUGGCAAGCCGUCCUUCUGCCGGCAAUCGACUCGCCAUCUGA